AUGUCUAAUGGGUCGGCUGUGGUCGCGGAUAGUGUCCGGUCGUUCGGGAACUUUGACCUUAUCAAACGCGUGGAAUUGCGAGAUAAUGACAUAGUAGUGUCAAAAUGGCAGAGUCGUGUCACCGGCCUUACCGUCGUUCAUCUCGAUCACGAGGCUCCCCUUGUCAACGGAUAUUUUGUGGUCGCGACCGAAAUUUUCGAUGACAGUGGGUGUCCACAUACUUUAGAACAUUUGGUCUUCAUGGGUUCCGAAAAGUAUCCCUACAAGGGUAUCAUAGACCACCUGGCUAAUCGAGGGUUUUCUAAUGGCACGAAUGCAUGGACAGACACCGACCAUACAGCAUACACAUCCUCAACCGCCGGAGAUCAAGGAUUUCUUCAGCUUUUGCCUGUUUUCUUGGACCACAUCUUGUACCCGACAAUGGUCAAAUCAGCAUUCCUGACCGAGGUCUAUCACAUCAAUGGAAAAGGCGAGGACGCUGGCGUGGUGUACAGUGAAAUGCAAGGUCGUCAGAACACUUCCGCAGACCUCAUGGCCCUUUGUUCGCAGCGUACCUUGUAUCCGGUCGGUAGCGCAUAUCGCAGUGAAACUGGUGGUCUCAUGGAAGCCCUGAGGUUGUUGACUGUCGAGCAGAUUCGUAAAUACCAUGGCACAUAUUAUGUUCCCCACAAUCUGUCCCUCAUUGUCACGGGAAAACUUUCGAAUGGCACGCAGUCUCUCCUUUCAGUGAUUCAAGACAAAGUUGAGCCCACUAUCAUUGCACACGGUCAGAAUCGUGGGCCAAGGCCUGAUGGCUGGAAACGGCCGUUUAUGGAGACGCCCAGCGCCAACAGAGCACCCAUCCAGCAAUCAGUCAAGAAGGUUGUCGAGUUUCCCGAGAAGGACGAAAGCCAAGGCGAGCUGGUUAUCACGUUUUGUGGUCCAUCCCCAACGAAUUUUCUGGAUCAAAAAGCCCUAGAUAUAUUGGCCACCUAUCUUACAUCCUCUCCCGUAGCUCCUCUGAACAAGGAGUACGUAGAAGUUGAAUCACCUCUAUGCUCGUAUAUCUACUUCAGCGAGGAUACCCGUGCAACCAUGGUAGACUUACCGAUAUACAUAGGAUCUAUACCUGUGGAACACAUAGACGACUUUGACCAGAAGUUUGUCUCGAGCUUACGCCGCAUCAGCCGUGAGGGUAUUGAUAUGGAUCGUAUGCGUAUGGUCAUUAAUAGGGACGAGCGACAGCUGCGUAGCAAACUAGAAUCUUCCAAAGGAGAAACCCUUUCGGGCGCGCUCAUCACGGAUUUUCUGUAUGGCGCCCUCGAUGGAUCGGAUCUGCCAGAUGCCUUGGACGAGAUGAAGUACUACAAUGUGCUGCGAAUGUGGUCGAGUAAAGACUGGUCAAACCUAUUGAACAAAUACUUCGUUGAUGCUAACUAUGUUGCAAUCAUUGGCAAGCCUUCUGCGCACCUUGCUGAGAAGCUUGAAAGAGAUGAGAAAGCACGUCUUGCUGUGCAGGUUGAAAAGCUGGGUCCUGAAGGUCUGGCGCAAGCGAAGAAGGAUCUUGAAGCUGCCAAGGAAGAACACGAAAAACCGAUACCUAAGGAUGUCCUUACCUCAUUCCCCGUACCGGAUGUCAAAAGUAUUUCUUGGAUUCCCGUAGAGAGUGUACAGGAGACAAGCGAAAGUUUUGACGUGACCCGGACGCAGUCUUCCUUGGCUAAGCAUAUCGAAUCGGAUGGUUCUCCGUUACCAAUGUUUAUCCAGUAUGAUCACGUCAAGUCCGAUUUUGUCUCCAUCCAUGCGUACUUUUCUCUGGCCAACGUCCCUGAUAGACUUCGCCCGCAUAUUUCGACUUAUCUCGCUGCGUUUUUCUCGCUUCCUGUGAAACGCACUUCUGGCCAACAUCUGUCACACGAAGAGGUUGUCAAUAAGCUAGACGAUGAGACUGUGGCGUACGAAUCUGCGCUUGGUGUUUCCGAACAAUUCACAGAAAUGCUGCGCGUUACUUUGAAAGUCCAGGUCGGGCAGUACGAAUCCGCUGUCGCCUGGCUCCGCGAUCUUAUUUGGGGCGCCAUCUUUGACAAGGAAAGACUCCUUGUUUCCGCCGCAAAGAUCGCACAAUCCCUUCCCGAGCUUAAACGUGAUGGUAAUAACGUCUUGUCAUCCGUCUGGAUGGAAUGUCAUUUCAGCGCCAACUCGACUUCUCUGGCGAGCGCUGUGCUGUCCCAGUCGGAGUUCGUCCCUAAGCUUAUUGAAGAACUGCGGGAAACGCCGGACAAGGUCAUCGCGGAUUUUGAAGCGUUGCGCACCUACUUGACUGAUCCAUCUGGCGUCCGGUUUUCUGUGACUGGCAACGUUCUUGGUGUUACGAAGCCUCGCAGUGUCUGGGGAAAGUAUUUCGGGAGCCUUCCUAAAUCCCGCCUCACUCCAAUUAGAUUUUCGUACGAGACACUUAAUGAUCUUGGAAGAAACCCUGCCGGAAAGGCAACGGUCGUUAGUUUACCCACUAUCGAGAGCUCUUUUGUCAGCCACACCGCCCGGGGCAUCCAAGGCUUUGACCAUCCCGAAUUCCCGGCGCUUAGAGUAGCUCUGGAAGUGCUUAACGCCACGGAAAGUUACUUAUGGCGCUCCAUUCGAGGUUCUGGUCUUGCAUAUGGAGCCUAUGUCACCGCGGACAGAGAAGCCGGUUUGUUGUCGUUUAUAUUAUAUAGGAGCUCGGAUAGUAUAGCAGCGUUUAAAGAGGCCAGAAAGGUGCUGACUGGUUUGAUAGACGGCACAGUUGAGCUAGAGGAGACCACCCUGGACGCAGCCAAGAGCAGCAUUGUCUACGGUGUUGCAAGGAAUGUCGCAACUCCUGGCACAGCGGCUACUAAUUCUUUCCUUGAUCAAGCCAUAAAAGGCGUGCCUCAGGGCUACAAUCUGAAGCUCCUGGAGCAAUACCAAGCUGUGACGAAGAGCGACGUGCUAGCUUCGCUCAAGAAGCACGUUUUGCCAAUUUUCAGUUCCUCCUCUUCCACGGUUGUCGUUGUCACAACCCCUUCGAAGGUAGACCAGAUUGCAGGCAAUUUAGAAGAGUUUGGCUUUAAACCCGAGAAACGGACUUUGGAGGUUGUACUUGAAGAUGGUACUGAUGACGACAGUAGCUCUGAGACUGGCUCACAAGCAAGUCAUCAUUGA